AUGACAAAAUCGUUUGAAAUUGGUUUUUUAUCAAGCAAAUUCGAAAAGUUCAUCUUUGGAAUUCUGCUGAUAUUGCAGGCAUCAUAUGGCCAGUACAUACUUCAAGAUAUCCGUCUUUCCGGAGGGUCGACGGUUUACGAAGGGCGUGUUGAAGUGAAAUACAACGGCACAUGGGGAACCGUGUGUAACGAUCAAUUUGAUGGCUUGGAUGCGAAAGUCAUCUGUAAACACAUGGGAUAUGAGGAUGGUGUAACAAGCCACACCUUUGGAAAAGGAACAGGACCUAUUUGGUUGGACAACCUACAAUGUACCGGCACGGAGUCUAACCUCGGUGAAUGCCCAUCAAACAACAUCGGCUCACAUAAUUGUGAUCACGAGCAGGAUGCUGGAGUCAUUUGUGAGCCUAAAAAAUCUGAGUCCGCAGCUUUGGCAAGAGCAGCGGUGAUACAGCCUAACGAAUGUGGGGAUCAUAACCCGAACACUCGACUUGUUGGUCCCAAUGACACAAUUGGUGUUGGAUUUGUUGAAGUCAAAUACAACAACACGUGGUGGGCAGUUUGUGAUGACUUAUGGAACAUAGAAGCGGCUAGGGUAGUGUGUAGUUCUCUUUGUUUCGACACGGCACUCUCACUUACUGGAUCAAGACACGAUAUUGACUACGUGAAGCAAAACGUUAGCCAAAUAUUCCUGCUGGAUGACGUUCGAUGCACCGGCUACGAGUCGGACAUUCUUGCGUGUGAACACAGGGGGUUAGGAGUGCACAAUUGUGAUUUUGGGGAGUAUGCUAGUGUAACAUGUACCCCGAUCCAGGAUAACACCGAUACAGUGCCGGAACCCUAUUUAGACUGUAAGGAUGAACAGUUUACGGUCAAAUUUAGCCGUUCAGAUGACGCUAACCUGACACCAAGUCGAGUAACUGUAAGGCAUGCCAGAGAUUCUACCUCGUGCAAUCCUACAUACUCCGAAACAACCGACCUCAUCACAAUGCUGAUUCCAUUUAGCGAGUGUGGCACUGAUAUUAAUUACAAUGCUUCUCAUAUAUUCUUCAAUCAAACCCUGAUCUACAACGUCACCGGUAACCAUGUGAUCACGCGGAAGACGUUGUACUACGUCGCGCUGACCUGUGCAUUUCCCCGAAACCAAACAAACGCUGUAAAUUACACGGCAGUGCCUUCUGUUGUUCCUGUGAGUUCUUUGGGGGAAUUCAAAGUCGUUAUGACUUUGUUUGAAGAUGAUUACUUCACAGAACGGUUGUCGUCGCAAAGUUCCGUGAAAAUGAGGCAAAUGUUAUCGGUGUCUCUGGAACUGUCGACGAAUUCACCAGAACUGAAGAUUGUGGCACGAACAUGCUUCGCAACACCAUCUGGCCAAUGGACAGACUCCGUCCACUACACUCUAUUCGAGGAGGCCUGUGAAGAAGAUCAAACGUUAGCCAUGGUACCCAUAAACGAAACCUUCGUCGGAUUCCGGUUCGAGGCGUUUCGGUUUGUAGGCUUUCCGGAAGUGUUUAUUCACUGUUCCAGUGUCAUUUGUGGGGCAACUGAAAAAGAUGAGCUUUGUGACCGAAGUUGUCAAACAGGAGAUAUAAAUCGCCGUCGCAGAGAUGCCAAAAUCCGGAAAAAAAGAGACACGCAUGAAUGGAUUUACACUGUCAGUACUGGAAUAGUCAUCAACGGAACUUUGGACGAUCCAAUCAUUGACAGAGAUACAGCACAGGCAGUAUCGAGAGUGGUCUCCGCUGUGUCCACAGCUUCUACAACAAAAGUCACCAAGUCCCAAAAUGUCACCCCAGAAACCACUCCGCCGAACAUUUCCAUGUCUAAGAAUGCCCCGAGGGCAGCGGCUACAACAACCGUCACCAGGUCCAAAAGUCCCACUCAGAAAACCACUCCAUCGAGUGUGUCCAUAUCCCGGAGUGCCACGAGGGCAGCGGCUACAUCAACCGUCACCAAGUCCAAGAGUCCCACUCAGAAAACCACUCCAUCGAGUGUGUCCAUAUCCCGGAGUGCCACACCCAGUACACCCAGGCCCCAUAGUCCCACCCAGGCAGCAUCCAAUCCAGAUCGUGGCAGCUCUGCUUCAGUCACCAAGUCGACGGCUCAGCCAGCAGAAUCGCUUCACAAACUAAGUGAGGUGGAGGAGAAUCCUGCUGAGGAUACCUUGAUAGAUGACAUGUUGGUGGAGAAUGUAUCGUCAGCUUCGCACGCGGGAGCAUCCUUUGUUACCUUGGUGAUGAUGGUACUGUUGUAUCAUAUGCAGCGAUUUCUGCGGGAUAUCAUGGGUUACGACCCUUAG